AUGCCAGUUAACCUGCCGUAUCAGUAUGACUUGUCCAUUCCCUCUGUACUGCAAGUUGGGGUGAGAAGUACUAAGAAGACACUGUAAGUGGUAGAACUGGAGAGAAGGCAGCAGUG